AUGGUUUCAGUUCUAAAUACUGUGGACACAGGCCACGAAGACAUCAUCCACGAUGCCGAAAUGGAUUAUUACGGCCUUCGCCUUGCAACAUGUUCAUCAGAUCAUUCAGUUAAAAUAUUCGAUAUUAGAAACGGAACCCAAAGUUUGAAAGCUGAUUUGAAGGGACACUACGGACCUGUUUGGCAAGUAGCUUGGGCACAUCCAAAGUAUGGAAAUCUUCUGGCGUCUUGUUCGUACGAUAGGAAAGUUAUUAUCUGGAAAGAAGCAGGCGAGUGGCAGAAAUUCUAUGAGUAUAACAGCCACGAUUCAUCCGUAAAUUCUGUGGCGUGGGCACCUCACGAAUUCGGCUUAAUCUUAGCAUGUGGUAGUUCAGACGGAUCUGUGUCAAUUUUGAUUAGCAACCCAGAUGGAAGUUGGGAAGUCAAGAAAAUCACGAAUGCUCAUACAAUUGGAUGCAAUGCGGUGAGUUGGUGUCCUGCAACUUCAAUUAAUCCUGCACUUGAUCCUACAUCAUCUGCUCGCCCUAGCCUUCCUCCUAAAAGGAUUGUGACCGGCGGUUGUGACAAUUUAGUUAAAAUCUGGAAAGAAGAAGGUGAUCGAUGGGUUGAAGAAACUAAACUUGAAGUUCAUUCAGACUGGGUUAGAGAUGUUGCUUGGGCACCUUCUAUUGGAUUACCUCGCAGUACUAUUGCAAGUUGCUCUCAAGAUAGACGUGUAAUAAUCUGGACAAGUGACGAUAACGUGCAAUGGAAUUCGACAGUGCUGAAUACUUUUGAUGACGUUGUAUGGAAUGUAAGCUGGUCUCUCAAUGGUAAUAUUUUAGCUGUAUCUGGUGGGGAUAAUAAAGUUAGUUUAUGGAGAGAAAAUAAUGAAGGUCAGUGGAUAUGCAUUAGCGAAGUUUCUAAAGGGCAAGGUCAAAUGGCAGGUAAUGAACAAAGAGCUCUGUAA